UGCACAAAAUAUCUUGUUUACCUCGGACUCGGUAUAUAAAUAAAUAUUUAUUGUUUUUAUUUUGCGUCUAGAUCUUCACGUGUAUUAUUACUAUAUCAAGGUAACCUUUUUACUUCUAAAUUCAAUGUUUAAUUAAGCCACUACUUUAAUUUGUAUAUAGAAGAUUGUAUAUAAUGGAGAAUUUUGCGUUUGCUUCCCAUUCCUUUCUCAUGCGUAAAUUAUAGAAGACAGAGCUAAUGGGGUCGGUAUUGGAUUUCGUUUAUGAUGUUAGUAAUUAAUACGGUAUAUUAUUAUUCGUUUUAUUAUUCAUCACAAUUGUGAGCCAUUACGGUGCACUCUAAAGAAACUUACAAAAUUUGUACUUCUUUUACCUAAGUUUUAAAUAGUCCCCAUCACAGUGUUUACAGUAAUAUAUUGUAGAUCAGUAAUUAUCGACGGAACUUGUUGGACCUUUUAUCUCUUUAUCAACUUGUAUUACGUUUGUAAAUAUUAUUAUUCAAUACCGAUUAAAUUCUUGUUUGAAUAGAGAUCCAAGUUUCCGACUUGACAUUGUGCUAUGUUCUGACAUUUCGAGUUUGCCGAUCCAUGUUUCAAGAAUACAGAUCUAGUUAACCGGGUAAUUUUGACCAAGGGAAAAUUAAAUUUGUUCGUGUUAGCGAGGAGUUAGAGUAAGCGAGUUCGAGAAUCGAUAUCGCAAUUGUGUAAAGUAUGUAAAUAUUAUUAACGAUGCAGUGAAACCUUUGAAUCAUGCAUGUUUUUUGUUGUGCAUAAUUUUCGAUGUUUACAGUUUUAAAUUUAAUAAAGAAACCACUUUGUCUUUGAUGUGAGCGGAGCAUUGCAUGACUAUCGCCCGUAUUCUAAAAGCUCACUCACACUCACACUCAAUGAGUGGAGGUUCAAUCUGAGCUUCUCUUGAAUGUCAAUGCUGUUUUUGAAUAGCUGAAGGGCGAGUAGUCACCGAGUAAGGUAUGGCACUAGCCCUCCAGCUAUUCAAAAACAGCAUUAACACUCAGGAGAAGCUCAGAUUGAACCUCCACUCAUUGAGUGUGAGUGAGCUUUUAGAAUACGGGCGUAAGUCUAUGAAAUAAGAGGGUGUUGAUGGGGUAUACCGUGAGUCGUGAUUCACUCAAUUUUGGUUACCGUUAGUCGUGAAAACACUAGCUAGAAAUUUAGCGUGCGUCGUGCGGAAAAAAUACCGUUUAUCGUUUCGGAACACUUUUCAAUAUUUACCGUUAAAAUACCAAAAUGUUACUUAUGGUUACCGUUAAAAUACGAAAAUUUUUACUGUUUACUGAUUUUCAGAACCCCCAUCUAGACCCUCUAAUAAGAUUUCGAAUCAAGUAAAUUAUUACACUAUAAUACUGUAUUUCGUUGUUUAUGUUUGAAAUAGCUGCCACAAAUCUCCAAUGUACAUGUUCUUCUAUAAAAUUUUUCGAUGGAAAGUAAAAUAGAUAAAGUUAUGUUGGUUUACUAUAAUGCUAUACAUAAUGCUAUACAUAAUGCUAUACAUAAUGCUAUACAUAAUGCUAUAAAAGGUCUUGGUAAGGUCAUAUAUAGAUACAACACAUAUACAGAAUGGAGUGUAAUAAGACCUCCCUUCACUGGCAAAAACUGGACCGUCCCCAUGCAACCAUUAGAUUUUGUUGAUUUAUUAGCACAAAAAUCGUUAGAUCAUGAGAUUAUUCUGAGUGAAUUUCUACUUGGUUUGUUCAUAGGUCGUCCCAACAAGUAUUAAAAUGCUGAGUUGGCGAAAUGUAUUAAAGACAAACCAAUACUCCGUUACACAAAGGGUGAGUAUUCGUACAUUCUUGCUCUGCAAGUUACGUCAUCGCCGCAUUGUUCGAUGAAUUUAACAAAAGGUUUUCCGUGUUUGCAAUCCCCUUCCAUAAGAUUGGUUGCACAAGAAGCACCUAUCGCUAGACAUUACUGCAUGUUUUUAUGACGCUGCUUUUGACCUUUCUUGACAUACAGUAUAUUGACAUCUUUUGUGCUCCUCUCUAUUACCAGAGAGAUUUGACUUCCGCUACCAUUAAGGGACCAUUAACCAAUCAGGUGCAUUUUAUAUAUCUGAUUAACCAAUCAGAUACAUUACUAAGCCAGUGAGGGGUAGGGAUAGUGGAACUCAAAUCUGAAUCUCUCUAUUUCGUAUGAAGUAUACUGCAUGUCGAAACAUUAAUUUCCUUCGAUAAAACGUCAACCAUUAAUAAUGUAUCAAUUACAACACGUAUUAGUAUCACACUUUCUAUAAUCAUAUUUCUAAAGCAUUGUAGAGUAGGUUUUGUCAAUCUGCUAUAAAUUUUUGGUGAACCAAAACUAAACUCAAUGUGCGUCGGAUGGUCGUAUCAGUUUUAAGGGAGGUUCUUUUAUUUAGCAUGCGCUAUACUACGUGGAAACCCGAGAACCCAGAGAAUAUCUACGGUUUGAGAGUGUCAAACUCUUAGCACUCCCCCCUGAACAUGUCACCUAUAGGCAAAAUUAAAAUUAGACAAUUGCAUACUGCAAGAAUCGAACUCCGAUCAUAGAGGCGAAAGGCACAUCAGCCAACACUCUACAUUUCAAUGUCAUUCUUGUUUUCAAAUCUCUAAUUGUUGUGGGCAGUGCAUGUAUUUAUUUUCCUUGUUGUCGUAGAAGAAAAACGCCUUGAAAAGUAAACAACUUCCAGGAGAAUAGUAGCUACACGCAACCUUACCUGAGUGCAUGGUCUUAGUUGUAUCUACUCUAAUUCUUGUUUAAUUUUUUAGUCGCGAAAAAUUAAUCAUGUUGGUGGAAGCCAUGGUGUUUCUGGUAAGUGUAAACAUUGCAUGAGUUCACCGUAGCUCGAAAUGCAUAGCCUAGUGUAAUCACUGUACAUUUUGAACGUUAAAUUAGUUCUCGGAUAACUAAGACAGGAAAUUGCUAGAGCACGCCACCCUCGAUGUGCGUACAUUUAAUUUUAGUGCUAUCUUUGCUCUUACACAAUCUCUCACUCUUUAGCCAAUCUUAUCCUAUGGUAUCAGCAUCACAUUGAUUCCAGAAAUCUGUUGUUUUUUUAGGAGUCUUUUUCAAAUAUGAUCUUUCAUCGAUUUUGGUCCGUGUGGAUGAAGUUCAUCGGCCAUUCUGGCAGUUCUUGGUUAGGCUAUGUGGCAUUGUGGGCGGAAUCUUCGCCACUUCUGGUGAGAUGACCAACGUUAUUUUAAUACUGUAUGUUUAUAGUGAUUGGUUAAGAACCGUGUUUCUACAGGUAUAACUAUCGAGAAAAAACACGGUAAUUACCCGCUGCAGCAAUAGUGUCGAGUAGCUUUCUUGUAAUAUCGUGAAAGAAUGGAACAUAAACCUUCCAAAAAUCUGUCUCUACAAACAGAGGAAAUUUGUCAUGCCCUUUGGGCUCGUUUUCCCGCCAAUCAAUUUUAUUUUUCACCCGAACUUCCACACUUUCUGUAAAUUGAUGAGUGGAAACAACGAAGAUGUUUUCUAUUGCUGAAUUUGUUUGUUGUUUGUAGCAUUUACUUCAACACGAUUAAAUUCGCAGCAUAGCUGAUGUGGUCGUGCAUUUACAUAGUUAUGUGCCUAACCCAUCCUGUCAACUUUCCCUGUGGGAGGAAACACGGAGUGCCCGGAGAAAACCCACGACUUUCGGCAGAGCGUUGACUUACUCUUUUCACAUUAGGACUGGGUUCCAGUCACAAUGAGAAGUCCUCAUCGAGAUUCGAACCUGCGGCCUUAGAGGUGAAAGGCAAGUGCGCUAACCACUUCGCCACCGAAGCCCCUAGUUUAAUUAGAGUUCUAUGGGAUGGUACCAGACAGUAAUCUGCCGGAUACUGGUCAGGGAAAAAUAGUAACUGGAUACCAGAUAAUAACUGGACACCGGAUAUUAAUGAUGAUACUUGGACAACACCUACGUAUUUUCUCCCAUAAUAUAGUCCAUUGUUUAGUAUAUAUGUGGGAAGUUCACAUCACGAAAACAAUUUCUGCAUGCCCAGUAAUUUUCUGCAUGCCCUAGCAAAAGUUCCAAUACUAUCCGGUAAAUAUCUAGCAACAUUUUACUGGAUACUGGAUACUUCACGAUGUCUUUAUUUUACAGGAUCCGUUGUCACCGGAAUUUCGCCCGCCAGGAGGGCAAUAUCAAUAAUAAGGGGCGAAUAUCCUAGGAAUAUUGCCCCCCAGGGGAUCGAAUACCCUAGGAAUAUCGCCCCCCUUUAGGAAAUUCGCCCCCCUCCCCAUAUAAGUUUUGAAUUUUUCAUCUAAAAACAGUAUAGUACUAAAUACCAUAAACAAGAUCUAUAUAUAAGCAUUAUACCCAACCAAUUCAAUUAUUUUCAAUCAAUGUGAAUGAAUAGUUUUGUGAAUAACGUCUGCGCAGGAGGCUACAUCGGUAGAGACAAGUAGAAUUUUUGUGCUCUUAAUAAUGAAAUUAAACGGUUUGAUUAUAAAAAAACAUAUAGUUUAUGCAUUUGUCAGUUAAAAAAAACAAGUUUUGACAAUACCAAUAAUUACAAUAACCAAAAUGGUGAUUACUUUUUAACAAUGAGUUUAAGGAUUAACACUGAAAAUGCAAAAUAUGCAUGAUGUGCUGUGAAGCGUCACAAGUCAUAUUGAUCUACUGUAAACCCUUUCGAUACAUGUAAUUGUAAAUUUGUAUUCAUAACAAUUUUGAAUUGAUAUUGAUUUCAAAUGACGAAACCCAUGUAAUAAUUAUCCCCUGCAACUGUUAGGAAGGGCGGAAUUUUCAACGAAGGACGAAAAUCCUAAAAGGAAAGGUGAAAUUUCUAAAGGGAGGCAAAUUUCCUAAAGGGGGGCGAAUUUCCUAGGAAUUUCGCACCCUACCCCCGGGAGGGCUAUAUUACUAGGAAUUUUGCUCCCCAGGGGCUGGGUCUUAGCUAGGAUUUUAGAUCUUGGGCGUGUUUCUAAAUGACCAUGGUGUGCAUAUGUCAAUUACCUCAAAUAGCCAAAUUCACGGUUCUAGUUAUGCUCGCAAACAACAGACAAUACCUGCGGUUGUUCUAUGCUUUGCAACCAAAUACAAGGCGAGCAUACGCUCAUAUUGCGCACUGACAUUAAAAUAUUAAGUUAUUUCAGCAACUCUUAGGGGUACUUAAAACCAUUUUAACACCAUACAGUCCCAUUAUCCAUCAAAACAUUAAAACAUUAAAACAUCACAUGCAGAUCACUUUUGCCAAUUUCAACAACAACCGUAGAUUUUACAAACUUUCUCACGACCUACAGUAAAUAUGAAGAAAUUCUGUCCGUUAUUUUAUGAACCUAAACGGCCUUAUAUAAAUAAUGAAACCGCGUUCAUUUUAUCUAGCCGACUGUAGCCGUGUUUUUCCCUUUUUGGCCGCGAUAACACGGCCAACACGACCCUCUAGCUAAGACCCUGCUCCCCUGGGGGGGGGGGGGGCGAAAUUCCUGAAACACCGGCACAAAGUGACAUUCCUAAUAUACAUGCAGCAGCACUUAUACAAAAAGUAUUUGUUUUAUACUCAUAUUAUAUAUUCGCGUUGUAGGUAUGCUUCAUUCACUUGUUGGAUUUCUUGUAGAAAAAUUAUAUUGCAAGUUUAACAAGGAAAAGGUAAACAGUGAUAUCCAGCUACUAUGCCGUCUGUGGCAUAGAUUAUAGAUCAUACCAGAUGUCUCACUCAGCCAAAAUUGUGUCCGCGAUUUUUUAUGAGCACGAAUUGGCCGCCAUUUUGGCAGUAAGUUUAAUCCACGCCAUGAAACGUGAGCAAUCACGUACUUUGGCAGUAAGCGCCAUUUUGGCAGUAAGUGUCGCACGCGUCAUCUGGCGUGAUAGCCUCGCGAAAAUCGCGGACACGAAAAUCAUAUGUAAAUGCAAUUAUAUGUAAAGUCUGUGAAGGAAGAGACUUGAGAGGCUUUGGGGGAAAUAAAAGUGAAUCAAUAACAUGCAACUGUACAAAACUGCAUGUAUGUGUAAUCUGUGUUGAUGCAUGUUAAUUAAUUGGUAGACAUGCUUGUGAUGUUACUCUGAGUGCAUAUCCACACCGGGUAGACUUGAAAAAUAUGCCUGGCCACGGUGGGAAUCGAACCUACGACCUUUGGAAUACCAGCCCAAUGCUCUGCCAACUAAGCUACGUGAUCAGGUCGGUUCGAGUAUGUGAUAUUUCGGAACUGAGUCUAGUUCCUUCUAUAUUACAUACUCGAACCGACCUGACCGCGUAGCUCAGUUGGCAGAGCAUUGGGCUAGUAUUCCAAAGGUCGUAGGUUCGAUUCCCACCGUGGUCAGGCAUAUUUUUCAAGCCUGCCCGGUGUGGGUAUACACUCAGAGUAACAUCACAAGCAUCUUAUUCACCUGAGUCACACCAACACAGCAAAUAUCAUAAUUGGUAGACAAUUACAAUUUUAUAGCAAUUCAAAUUAAUUUGUCGGGUGCAAACCAGGUCUGAACAUUUAUUGACAACUUUAUUUUCUCAAUCAGCGAUACAUACUAAUAGAAACCAAUGCUUGAUUAUAAUGAAUUUGUUUAUUGAUAUCGACGAAGACUGUCGGGUAAUGGCAGAGAAAACCCAUAUUUUAACAGAAUGUACUGAAACGUCUAAAUCCUUAAACACAGCACACUUCCAUUAACAAGAAGUGUAAACGCCUGUAAAUAAUUGAAUGUUUGAGAUUCGAACAAACGUUUCGCCAAAUUCAUUAACGAUAAUAUUAAUUUCUUAUUUUUAUAUCCAGGAGCCAAAGACUGAAAGUGUGGGAGACUCUCAUGAUUCUUCGAUUUCUAAUCAUCUCGUGCCAAAUUCUAAUGGUCCUAACAAUCAACCAGUAAUAUCGUAGUACGUUAUAUCACAUGCACUUGUAUACGUAGCAACACGCGAGUAUGGGGGUCGGCACGAAGCUCUAGGAAGAUGUUCUGUGACUGGUUGAUUAUGACAAUGACAAAAGAAUAAGCUACAGAAUGGAUUUUCUAAAGAACGAACUACGAAACAAGAACAAUAUUCCUUUUGUUUAUGUAAGCCAAUUACGUCUUUUGUCAUUGUUAUAAUCAACCAGUCACAGAACAUCUUCCUAGAGCUUCGUGUUUACUGGGGUAUGGUGGCCGGGUCAUGUCUACAAUACGUACCCUGCUAGCUGGAAAACAUUUGUGGAUUCUUGUUACCUUCUAGUUCCACUGAUCUUGAAAGAAUACUGGAUUGAGUAUGUAUAUUGAAUAAAAAUGAGCCCCAUAAGUCAGGCAUUACUAUGACCAACAGAUAACGUAUCAUGGUUGAACAUCAUUGCAUGUACACAUUUUUGUUGUAGUUUUGGCAUCGUUUCUUUCAAAGCAGAAGAAUUAAUGAUAUUUUCUUCUUGUGUUUGGUGUCUUAGUAAUGCGUGAUUUCUAUUGCCUUAGCAAUAACACCGCGGUCAGACGUCCGCGUGUAUUAACUGCUUGUAUUCAAAAGACUGGAAAUACUGUCGUAUUGUCUUCACGAAGCUCUAAAGGUUUAAAGAAAAUUACAAAUGUUUAAAAUCAGUAUACCUUCGUCUUGACACAAGGAAAAAGCGGUGAAAUUCCCUAUCUUAUAGCUUCAGCCAUUUCCUUAUAGUAAUUAAACGCUUUUCUUUUCCCGUAUGUGCUUCUGUUAUUUUGGCAGACAUUUUUCUCGCCAUUUCCGCAUACUCGCGCAUGCGCUUUACGUUUGACCGCGGUGUUUCUAGCAUCGCUGAACUAGCUUCAUUUACUGCACCAAUAGGUAAUGGCCAUUGGUGCAUGUAGCUCUAUCCAUUUUUUCAUUAUACAUUGCUCAUUCCAGGAGAUUCAUUAAUAGUGAUUUUAUCAUGGGGAAGUGCUGACGUACAGUAUAUGGUACUUUCGCACGGUAAUUAAUUUGUUUUCACAUCGCGAACGGGCGAAUGCAAUGAGGGGGAGUGAAUUUUCCGAAAACAAAUUAACAAGUGCGAAACUAUAAUGCAAAAGCACUUCCCAUGAACAAAUUUGCUUGUACUGAACUUCUUUUCCGUUGAAAACCUGGCAAGCCCCGGUCAAGUGAGGACGAGAGUUGGCUGUCAUGCAUUGUUACACGGGACAUUUCAAGCUCCAGAUUAACAUACUACGGUUUGACGACUGAUACAACUAGGUUUUGAAAAAACGUACACAAUAAACAAUAUAUGUAGUACACACGUAAAAACGCAAAAGUUGUAACAAACCUGCAGCAGACUUGUAGCAAUGCUGUCCAAUAACUUGUCAACAAGAUGUGUUCGCACUGCUUGUUCCCAGCUUGUUGACAAGUUGUCAACGGCUUGUUGACAACUUGCUACAAAGUUGCUGAGUUCAACAGACUUGUUGUUACAAGUUGUUGCAACAACUUGUUAUCGUCCUGCAAUUCAACAAUUUGUCAACAAGUUGCGAGUGACAACCUUGUAGCAACUUGAUGAAGUAACAGCAUUAUUACAACUUGCUGACAAGCUUGCUACCAGUCUGUUGCGAACACAUCUUGUUGGCAAGUUGUGAGAUUUUUACGUGUGUAUUGGGGAAACAUUAAAAACAGUUAUAAACCAAGGCCACGUGACUGUCAUACACUCCCAUCCUCGUUUGAUCCGGGCUUUAGUCUUCAUGAAAGUGUUUUAGAAUACAGCCAGUCCAACUUCUCAUUUAAUUUGAUAUAUUUCAUGUCAUUGGAAAGAUUACAGGAAUAUUUAUAACAGACGUAUAAAUCAUUGAUAAAAGUCAUAUGUCAUUUUAAAAUAACGUUAACUUAUAUACACAAUCUAAUUGCAAUUCAUUAAAAAAACAAAAACCGAAUUAGAGCGAUAAACUAAAUUUAUGUUCAUCUUCGGCCGAAACAAAUGCAGUGAAGCACAAGGUGAGAAAUUCCUGCAUGCAGUGAAUUUACUCCUACCAAAAGUUUCUCACGUGUGAGGAAAUUGUUUCGCUCUCCUGAUUGACUGAUAUGCAUUGCGAAGCGAUUUUUCGCAUUUAAAAUAAAUCCAUUCAUAAAACUGAGUGUAUACUGUAUACCGAUUUUAUUGGAUUAUGGUCACAUAAAUUCGACUACCAAUGCACUAUAGCGCAAGAAAAUAAUAUAAGAGCGCAAUUUGUCCCAAUGGGGCGAGAUAUCAGAGAAAAAUGUUGCUACAUGCAUAUUUGAGUUAAUAAAGAUCCGUUUUCUUUCAUGAUUAUAUUUUGUAAAUAUUCUAAUAUGACAAAAAGAUAAGAUUAAAGAUGCUG